UCCUCCACCCUGAUCCUUCCUAUAGACUCAGUAAGGAAAGCAUCAGCAGGUUGUGUAAUGAUCCUCCACCCUGAUCCUUCCUAUAGACUCAGUAAGGAAAGCAUCAGCAGGUUGUGUAAUGAUCCUCCACGUAUUUAGUGUUGCCUUCAUAGAGAGAAGAGGAAACAGGCCCUCUAGCUACCUUCUCAAGAGAUUUCAUCAAUAAAGUAGCCACUCCUUCCUCUUUACUCCGUCCUUCCCUCUCUCUCUCUCUCUCUGUCUCUCGCUCUCUGUCUCUCUCUCUCUCUCUCUCUCUGUCUCUGUCUCAGAAGCACAGGGCGGCCGACAGACGCAGAGAGGCAGGUCUCCUCACUGCAGCUCCAGGCCUAUAUCUUCCUAUCUGAGCCACUAUGAACCUUGUGAACAGCAGCCAGUGGUUCCUGACCCAGCCGUCUCCCAGCCCAGCAGGACCCAGUAAAGGACUGGGUUGUAGUAAUACCUGGCAGGCAGAGACAGGCCGCAUCACUCAGAUGGUAAUCACCGUACUCAUCUUCCUGGUGGGCGUGUCCUUGAACAGCCUAGUGGUGUAUGCGUUGGCCUGGCGUGGGCGUGGCCGCCUGACGAGACGUGGCAGCUUGGGCCAAGGGGAGACGCGCGGCGCCAGCAGCUUCCGUGUCUACGUUGUGAACCUGGCGCUGGCUGACCUGGUCCUCCUCCUCCGCACCCCUCUGAUGCUGGCGUACCUGGCCCACAGCUGUAGCUGGCCCGUGGGGAGACUGGCCUGUCGCCUGGUGGUAUUCCUGAGAGGCCUGGGACUAUACGCCGCAGCCUUCCUGCUGUGUGCCGUGGCUGUGGAGAGAUGUCUGUGUCUCCUCAGGCCGGUCUGGUCCAGUCUGAAGCGUCCUCGCUGGGCAGUUCCCCUGGUGUGUGGUCUCCUCUGGGGUCUGGCUGCUGCCCUGGCUACCCCUUACCUCCACACUGCCGACCUGCUGGAGCUCAACGGUACUACCCAGUGUCUGGAGAGCCUGGGGUACAGCACGGGGCUGUUUGUGACCGAGACGGUGGCCGGGUUCCUCCUGCCGCUAACGGUGUUCCUGGUGAGUAACGUAGCCGUGCUGUGGACCGCCAGGCAGGCAGGGGUCGCCGGACCGACCUCUCCAUCCUCCUCUUCUUCCUUUUCGGCGACUGCGAGACAGAUGGCCAGGCUGUACCGGGUCCUCUUCCUCACCAUGCUCCUCUUCCUCUCCUGCUGGGUCCCCUACUUUACCUGCCGCUUCCUGCGGGCGCUGGCUGCAGGGCGGCCUGACCGGGCGGGGCUCUACCGAGCGUCGUUCACAGGGGCGUACGUCUCUCUGUUCCUGGUGUACCUGAAGAGCUCCCUGAACCCUGUCCUCUACGUGUUCGCCGCCCGAGGCCUGGGGCGAACCGUCCGCGCCUCGCUCCCCUCCACCAUCGAGAGAGUCUUCAACGAUGACUAUUCUGACUCCAGGAGUAGACGGACCCUAAGGAGGGAGGAUUCACAGAUCUAGUGCCCUAAAAAGCCCUGUUAGGGACCGUACAUAUGGGACCGUACAUAUGGGAGAUUCACAGAUCUAGUGCUCCACAGUCCUGUUAGGGACCUUGCAGUUUUACUAGCAGACUGUAGAGAUCCAUUGUGAUUGCUGGCCAACAUGAACUCAGACGUUACAGGCUUACUUCAGCCCUGUGUGGACUACAUGGACUGCAUUAUUAUAGCUAUAGGCAUUAUCUUAGACUGGGUGACAGUCUUGCUUCAGCCCUGUCUGGACUACAUUAUUAGGACUAUAUUGCAUUAUCUUAGGCUGGGUGACAGGCUUGCUUCAGCCCUGUCUGGACUACAUGCAUUAUCUUAGGCUCGGUGACAGGCUUACUUCAGCCCUGUCUGGACUACAUUAUUAGGACUAUAUUGCAUUAUCUUAGACUUGGUGACAGGCUUGCUUCAGCGCUGUCUGGACUACAUUAUUUGAACUAUAUUGCAUUAUCUUAGACUGGGUGACAGUCUUGCUUCAGCACUGCAUGGACUACAUUAUCAGGACUAUAUUGCAUUAUCUUAGGCUGGGUGACAGUCUUACUUCAGCCCUGUCUGGUCUACAUGUAUAUAUUAUAACUAUAGGCAUUAUCUUAGGCUCGGUGACAGUCUUGCUUCAGCCCUGUCUGGACUACAUUAUUAUAGCUAUAGGCAUUAUCUUAGGCUGGGUGACAGUCUUACUUCAGCCCUGUCUGGUCUACAUGUAUAUAUUAUAACUAUAGGCAUUAUCUUAGGCUCGGUGACAGUCUUGCUUCAGCCCUGUCUGGACUACAUUAUUAUAGCUAUAGGCAUUAUCUUAGGCUGGGUGACAGUCUUACUUCAGCCCUGUCUGGUCUACAUGUAUAUAUUAUAACUAUAGGCAUUAUCUUAGGCUGGGUGACAGGCUUGCUUCAGACCUGUCUGGACUACAUUAUCAGGACUAUGUUGCAUUAUCUUAGGCUGGGUGACAGGCUUGCUUCAGCACUGUCUGGACUACAUUAUUAGGACUAUAUUGCAUUAUCUUAGGCUGGGUGACAGGCUUGCUUCAGCCCACUGAUGUCAUCAGACCUGGGCUUUCGGGGAUUUAGCCCCGAGUCUUGGUGUAAAACAAGCUCGGCUACACUGCAUUACACACUGCAACAAACUCUCCAAUCAUGAGCCAGGACAGGCCUGGCCUGCCUCUUCAGUGAUGCCUAAAACCACCAUUUCUGUGUACGGUGGCACUUUAGGAGCCCCGAGUCACAGUGGUUUCUCAAAGUCAUUUUUGAUUCGCCCAAAAAAAGCAUGGAACAAAUGAGCCACGUUGGGCAGAACCAAGCACAACUUAGCGAGAUCCUAUUGGCUCGUUCUAUUAUCAUCUGCAUAUUUCUGUUAGGGAACGCCUCCUCUGUGAAGUGCGCAUGUGCAAUAAAUGUAUUCACCUUUACACUCCGAAAACAACGCGAUUAAAAAUUUAAAAUAAAAGUUUUGCAAAUG